UUCAAGAUUAUGUUGAACUCACUUUAAAUCUGAAGAAGCACAGGAGGGAAGGCAACUUUGGAACUGCCUACUUGGGAAGCCUUCAUGAUGGAUUCUUGUCCAAACAGAUCUUCUGAUUUGAGUGUGACUGAAGAGACUGAACUAGGGACCAUCAAGAAGCACAAGGAAGAGCUGCUGGAGGACAUCCAGAGGUUAAAAGAUGAAAUCGCUCAAGUAUUUGAAGAGAUUGAUAGUUUCCAGCAAGGACAAAUGAGCAAAGUGAUCCAGAGGGACAAAGAUCUUUGCAUUGGACGAAAAAAAUUUAACAUGGAUCCUAAUAAGGGCAUCCAAUAUCUGAUAGAACAUAAGGUGUUGUCCUUGAAUGUGCAAGACAUUGCCAAAUUCCUUUAUAAAGGAGAAGGCCUCAACAAAACAGCUAUAGGAGAUUAUCUGGGGCAAAGGGAGCCACUGAACCUCCAGGUUCUGCAAGCUUUCGUAGAGUGCCACCAGUUUGCUAAUCUCAACCUUGUGCAAGCGCUAAGGCAAUUCUUGUGGAGCUUUCGGUUGCCUGGGGAGGCACAGAAGAUUGACCGUAUGAUGGAGGCCUUUGCCAACUGGUAUUGCCAGUGCAACCCAGGAGUUUUCCAGUCAACAGACACCUGCUACAUCCUGUCUUUCUCUGUCAUAAUGUUGAACACUAGCUUACACAACCCCAACGUCAAAGACAAACCCCCAUUGGAAAGGUUUGUGUCCAUGAACAGAGGCAUCAAUGAUGGAGGAGACCUUCAUGAAGACCUCCUGAGGAAUCUAUUUGAUAGCAUCAAGAAUGAGCCUUUCUCCAUCCCAGAGGAUGAUGGAAAUGAUCUCACUCACACUUUCUUCAACCCCUGUCGGGAAGGCUGGCUCCUGAAACUAGGAGGCAGGGUGAAGACCUGGAAACGCCGUUGGUUCAUUCUGACAGACAACUGCCUGUAUUAUUUUGAGUAUACCACGGACAAAGAGCCUCUGGGGAUUAUUCCACUAGAAAAUCUAUCCGUUCGAAAAGCAGAUGACCCAAAGAAACCGAAUUGUUUUGAGCUGUUCAUUGCAAACUGCAAAGGCCAGAAAAUCAAAGCUUGCAAGACGGAUGGGGAUGGCAAGGUGGUUGAAGGCAAGCACCAAUCCUACAAGAUCUCUGCAGCCUCAUCAGAGGAGCGGGACCUAUGGAUUGAAGCGAUACGAACCAGCAUCACCCAAGAUCCUUUCUACGACCUGGUUGCUGCUCGUAAGAAAAAGAUCGCCAACAAAAAGUGAACUUUGGCCGCCAUUUUGCUCAGUGAAUGUUUUCCUGUGAGGAAAUGGCCAUCCUGGAGUCUGGCCAGAAAAGGGACUUGACAUAACUUCCUGGCCUGAGAGAACAGGCCAGCGAUUGACAAGCUAAUGAACAGCCACUGCUUUCCACUCCGAGAGCUGGAAUAUAAAGAAACUGAGAUUACUGCAGGAAUUAUGGCUCAUUUGUGGAGACAGAUAAUAACAGGCAUCAACAUUUGCCAAGAAUAUUGUAGGGCUGGGGUGCAUAUAUUCACUGUUCUGUGAUCUGUCAGAGAACCUGGGGACCCAGAAACAUUGCCUAUUCUGGAAAUGGCCGGUAGAGCUACAAUGCCUUUUAUAUGCAUCAACUAGGAAAGACUUGAGUGCAUGGACUCUUGCCCUAUCUGACGUCGUACCCAGCAGCCCGAAAUAAUGGUCCUGUUCCAGUUAUGUUGUAUAUAAUGAAUGAAUCCAUUAGGAGUGACAGAAUGAAAGACAAGAGCAAAGGAACACAAUGCAAUGUGCUGGAGCCUGACCAGCCUAAGCACUUGUAUGUGGCUGGCUUUCUGAACUUGGCAAGUGGCUCUCUGGAACAUCUCAAGUGCUGCCAGGGCUAAUGCAAUGCUGAAUGUCUGCUUCUCUGGACAGAAGCUUCCAGCCAAAAUCUGGCUGUAAAAGAACGAUGCAGAGAGUAGAGAGUUGAGCUUGCAUAGUCCUCCAUCUGGCUGCCCCGUCAACAAGAGAGUGGACUGAUAAUGUGGGAACAAUUCUGUCAUCUUUUGAGAGAGUUCACACAGCAGGUGGACUGAGAGCUGGGCUUUGGAUCAGGAGGCAAAGCAAGCGCAUCAAAUGCCAUCUCAGCCGUGACUGUGGUUUUGUACAAAGGGCUCUUUCUCAUGGGAGUGCUUCUUAUCUGUAAAAAUUAGUCUAUAAAUACCCGUCUCACAGUUACUGCACGAAUGAAUUGAAUUACAGUGAGAGUGUUAAGUGCUGUAUAAAAUCAAGACUGACAGAUUUCAGGUUUACAAGGUCUGCUCUGUUUGUCAUCAGAACCAUAUACAAGGAUUGUAUGAUUAAGUGAUAAGGAACAGGUUGUUUCUUAAUUCCAGCAUAGUUCAGGAAUUUGUGGUGUAUGCCAGACAAAAGUGAUCAAGUUUUUACCUGCAAGAAUCCAUUCUGGUUUCCCGAUAAGCAUUUUUUUUUUCAGUCAUGUAAUUUAUGGGGAAGGGAUUUUUUUUAGCUGAUGCUACUGUCUAUUGCCACUUGUCAGACCGCUGGGAAUCAUAAAUCAUUAUUGAUCUGCUGCCAAUCACCACAAGAUCUGCUCCUAGAUCACAACCCACCUUCUGCCAAUGGCUGGUAUAAGCAGUUUGUGAAUCAGCAGUGUUCUGUAAAAGGAUAGGAAGUUUCUUGAAGUUAUUCUAAGAAUUAAAAGAUGGGUAGAUGGAAAGAAUCUACC